UGGGUUUCCAAAGUUCCGUCGUGUUCGGAUAGUUUACUGUUUCGUUUCUCUUUCUCUUCGUUUCCUUUAACCGGGAAACCUCCUUGUAUUCGCCGGGAAACCAUCUUCUGAUGCCGUGAAACAGCUUCUUCUCGGGCUUUUCGUUGCUUAUGGUACAAGGAUUCCUUGAAUUCUCUGGCAUAUUCGUUGUUGCGGAGACGAAAAGGGUCGGAUCUAAAGAGGCUUCUGAAGUGGUUGCUUCGUUUUUUGGUUUCUGUUUUGUUUUAGCGGAAUGCGGUGGUCUGAGUUGUUGAGGAGGCUGUGGAUUUGAUUCUGAACAGGGAGAUCGUGGUUUAGGGUUCGGUUUAUGUGGUUUCCCUUUGUGUUUCGGUUUGAGCAGAGACGAACACGACGGAGAGGUCAAGUGGAAGCGUUCGUUAUGAGAUGGUGGAAGGACGGGUUUGUUUAUUUGGAGAGGCAAAAAAUGGGCUAGAAAUUUUGAAGCGUAAAAGGCUUCAACGGUUGAAUAUGGGAAAUGCUUCUGAAGUUACAGCUCUUAAUAAUAUGAUGACAAGAAGUGGAGGGGAUGCUUUAAGAGUGUCUGCAUCAUGUGGGAUGAAGCUACAUGGAAGUUCAGAUGCCUAUUGUCGAUCUACUGGUGCUUCAAAAGAUAAAGAGGCCUUUUUAAAGCGCAAGGUGGAAAAGUUUGACACUUCUAAUUUGGAAUGGACCGAUAAAAUUCCAGAAUGCCCUGUGUUCUGUCCAACAAAGGAGGAGUUUGAGGAUCCUUUAGUCUAUCUGCAAAAAAUCGCCCCUGAAGCUUCAAAAUAUGGAAUAUGCAAAAUUAUAUCGCCAUUGAGUGCCUCUGUUCCUGCGGGUGUUGUUUUGAUGAAGGAGAAAGCUGGGUUCAAGUUUACCACUAGAGUGCAGCCUCUUCGGCUUGCUGAGUGGGAUAUGGAUGACAAGAUCACUUUUUGCAUGAGUGGAAGAAAUUAUACAUUCCGUGAUUUCGAGAGAAUGGCGAACAAGAUGUUUUCUCGCAGAUACUACAGUGCUGGGUGUCUUCCUGCCACCUACAUGGAAAAGGAAUUCUGGCAUGAAAUAGCUUGUGGCAAGGCAGAAACUGUUGAGUAUGCAUGUGAUGUUGAUGGUAGUGCCUUUUCAUCUUCUCCUAAUGACCAGCUUGGCAACAGCAAGUGGAACUUGAAGAAUCUUUCACGACUGCCCAAAUCUACGCUGCGUCUUUUAGGAAAUACUAUUCCAGGAGUAACGGAACCCAUGCUUUACAUUGGAAUGUUAUUCAGUAUGUUCGCAUGGCAUGUUGAAGAUCAUUACUUGUAUAGCAUUAAUUAUCAUCACUGUGGGGCAUCAAAAACUUGGUAUGGGAUUCCUGGCCAUGCAGCUCUGGAUUUUGAGAAGGCAGUUCGUGAGCGGGUGUAUACACAUGAUAUUCUUUCUACUGAAGGAGAGGAUGGAGCUUUUGAUGUUCUUUUGGGGAAAACAACUAUGUUUCCUCCAAAUAUUUUGUUAGAACAGAAUGUCCCAGUCUACAAGGCUGUACAAAAACCUGGGGAGUUUGUUAUCACGUUUCCUCGGGCAUAUCAUGCGGGAUUCAGUCAUGGUUUUAAUUGUGGAGAGGCAGUAAAUUUUGCAAUUGGUGAUUGGUUCCCGUUGGGGGCGGUGGCUAGCCGACGUUAUGCUCUUCUUGGCAGGAUGCCCCUUCUUCCUCAUGAGGAGCUUCUCUGUAAAGAAGCAAUGCUACUUUUCAAGAAUUCAUCAAUUCCUGAAUGUGAAGGUGCAGAUUAUUCAUCUACGGAAUUUGUUUCACACCGUUGCAUCAAGGUUUCCUUUGUGCACAUAAUGCGUUUCCAGCACCGGGCUCGUUGGUCACUCAUGAAAUUAGGAAUUAGUAUGUCUCCUACUUCCCAGGGCACUAUACUGUGCAGCCUCUGCAAACGGGACUGUUAUGCGGCUUACAUUAAAUGCAACUGUUGUUUGCACUCUAUUUGCCUUCGCCAUGAGAUCGAGUCACUUGGUUGUUCAUGUGGAAGCAAUGUUGUUCUCUUUGGAAGGCGGGAUCUUUCAGAAAUGGAAGCUGCUGCGCAGAAAUUUGAGCGGGAAGAGGGAAUAUUAGAGGAAGUUCAACUGCAAAUAAAAUGUGGUUUUGACUUGUGCACUCAGCCUGAUUUGUUCCAUUGUGUAGAUGGAUAUGUUCCAUACUCUCAGAUAAAAUUUGAUCUGAACCCUGAAACCAUGGUAGGGGAUCAGUUACAAGAUAUAGACUGUGGUUCUUGUAGCCUGCCUGUGUUGAACCAGAGGGAGUUUAUGAAAACUUAUGUCGUAGACUCUUCGCUCUCUUGUGCGGCAUCGGCUCUGUGCUCUUUUCGGGGUCCGCAAGAAAGUCCAUCUGUUCCGAAAAAUGAGCAUGCAAACUCUAAGGGUUGCGAAGUAGCAGCUGGUGAUGGAAUUUUACCUGCGCUAUCCUCUCCGUCAUAUGGACAGUGCGUGUCUACCCAUCAAAGAACUUCUUAUGGGCCACAAGCUAUGCCUGAUAAGGAUCAAUGUAGUGAUGACUCUGAUUCAGAAAUUUUCAGGGUUAAACGUAGAUCAUGUGUGAAAGCAGAAAAACAAAAAGAGAACACUGUAAUGACCUCAAAGUUCUCUGAACAGCAGGGGCUUAAACGGCUAAAGAAACUCCAUCCUGAAGGGAAAUUAAUGCAAUCGUCAGCUGGCAGAUGCAUAAACAAUAAGCUUGAUCGACAUUGUAGCCCCUGUGUUAAUUCUAAGGAAGCUUCAUAUCCCACUCCAAAAGAUAGGUUUUUUGGUGGAACCACUGCUUCCAUUUCCUUCAAGUUCAGGCCAUCAUCCACAGACUUCAAAAUGGUUGACAGGGAUGAGCUUCAGAGAAUGAAAUCAAGAGAGCUUCAGAAAAUGAAAUCAAGAGAACAUAACAGAAGGAACAAUUCUCCGGUUGACAUGGGAAAGAGGAGGGAACCACCACAUAUCGAGAUCGGGCCAAAGCGGCUCAAACUCAGAGGUCCUUUAUUUGCUAGUCGGCGAGAGCAGCCUGGAUCAAGAAGCUAG